GAAUUACUUAAGCCAGGAGUUGGAUAAUGGGAAGAGGAAAAUUGCGAGGGUGUGAACAAUGAAAACACACUCUGCCCUAGCAUAAACAAACCAAGCAAGGAAAAAAGAAGUGUUAGUGAGAUUUAUUGGUAAAAAUUGGGAGUUUCCCACUGGCUUGGAAUAAGAGUUGAAUGACUGCCAGGAGCAGGAGCAGAGGACCAGCACUCUCUGGAAAGUGGGGUCUAAAGCCUCACGCGUAGCCAAGGCAUUGCACUUGCAGGUGAAAAUCCCGGUUUGUUCUUUGUUUUGCUCGGCCUUUUUUUUUUUUUUUUUCCUAUUAAUAUUGUUGGGGGGGGCAUCUGAAAAAAGCUUUUCCGGGCAUCUGAGUAUUUCCAGACUCCUUUGCAAACUUGCUAGUUUGAGAUUCUUUCAUAUAUGCUGACUUCUGUAUCAUGACUCUUGGGUUCCAGGUGACAGAAACCAACCGUAACUAGACAGAGCAGGGAUUCCAUGGUAAGAAACUUGGAUAGAACAGAAGAAAAAGCUGUAGCAAUCAGAAAGGCUUUGGGAACUGGGUCAUGGGCUACAAUCUUUUUAUUUUAAUUUUUUUUAAAUUUAUUUAUAAAAUGGAGAUAUUGACAAGACUACAGCAUAAGGGGUACAGUUUCAUACAAUUCCCACCAUCAGAUUUCUGUAUCCCACCCCCACCCCCCUGAUAGCUUUCCUAGUCUUUAUCCCUCUGGGAGUAUGGACCCAGGGUCAUUAUGGGGUGCAGAAGGUGGAAGGUCUGGCUUUUGUAAUUGCUUCCCCGCUAAACAUGGGCUUUGGAAGGUUGAUCCAUACUCCCAGCCUGCCUCUUUCUUUUUCUAGUGGGCUCUGGGGAGGCGGGGCUCCAGGACACAUUGGUGAGGUCGUUUGCCCAGGGAAGUCUGGUUGUCACAUGCUAGCAUCUGGAACCUGGUGGCUGAAAAAGGGUUAACAUAUAAAGCCAUACAAAUUGUUGACUAAUCAUGAACCUAAAGGCAAGAAUACUGCAGAUGAAGAUUUGGGGUCUCCGUUUUGGAAAAAGCUAGUAGGUUUAUUUUAGGUAUAUUCCAAGGGGCCCAUGACUUUACUGGUUUUUACCUGAGUCUAACAUCUAAUAUGCAGGUGGACCCAAGUUAUUGUCUGGGGAGAUGGUGUCACAGUUGGAAAAAGGACUAGAAAACUGGAUCAGGGAAGAGAGUAGCUCCCAGAUAUGGGAAAAGUGUAUGAAUAUUGUUAACUGUAUACCCCAUCAAUUUGAUCUGGGGCACUACAGUCUUCUCUUCCCCAUACUAUCCUUUAUUACAAACGUAGGAUUUAUCACACCUUUGAAUUUCCUUCUUGUGUCUGAGGAAUUUCUACCCAAGAUCCACAGAUAAUUUUCUCACUUUUCUUUGCACCUAAAAUGCAUCUUGUGACCUUAAUUCUGUUGCAUCUGCGUGAACUUCUGGACUGUACCACAGAGGUUCAGAGAAGCAGCUUGCAUGAGGCCGCCGAGCAGUCCAGUGGCUGAGACUGAUGGAGGAAUGCCUGACGCCCAGGGAAUGAAAUGAGCUGUGCUGUUUGCCCAGCGGUUGGCCAGUGCAGUUUACAUUAGCGGGGUCCCCGGUGGCAAAUCGAUCUCCAGCCGUGGGCAGGUCCUCAUCACUCCCUGGAUGAAGAGGCCUUGAGGUUCCUGAGAUACAUCAGCACCACCCAGAUUGCAUGCGGUCACAUGAGCACAGACGGCCUGGCUACUGACACCAGCCCAGCAAAGAAGCCCUGGUCGGUCUGUCUUGAUGACAGGUUUGGUUUAGCUCAUCAAAUUCGCAACAAGCAGUGCCGCCUCUAUUCUGUAGGGCUGGGAAGUGAUGAUACCCGAUUUGAGGCCAGCAUGGCCAACGAUGGCUGUGAAGUGCAUCGUUUUGAUCCCAGCGUCAGAUCAGCUCACAGUCUGGAAAGUCAGCGCCUCUGGCAUCACCGCAUGUCCGUUGAUUGGCGGGACCCUCAUCCAGCCCUUGCUGCCCAGAAACUACGGAGUAACACCAGAAAACUGGGAACUAUUUUGAAUGAAUUCGGGCAUCAAAAGAUUGAUGUCCUCAAAGCUGAUCUGGAAAGUGCGGAAUGGAAAGUUCUGGAAAAUCUCAUUCUGGAGGACGUGCUUGGACAGAUCGGACAGCUCGUCUUUGAGGUCCAUCUGCACUGGCCUGGCUUUGAGGUCAGUGGCAGGGAUAGCAGUGUGGUGCGCUUCUGGUACAGCCUCCUCAAAGAGUUAGAACGAAAGGAUUUCAGACUUUUUUACAGCUACAAAGAUUUAUCUAAACCUCAGCUCUUUCUGAAGAAAGACCUUUUCAAUGCAAGUAGCAGUUAUACUCUAAGUUGGGUGAAUACCAGAUGGAAAUAGAACUCCGGACCUUAUCGAGGACUCAGUGAUGUGUUUGCAGAAUGGAACAUGAUUCUGCUUAUGUCCGCCUGUCCACCUCCCCUGUGGCCCAUUCGAGGCAGGGACUGUGCAACGGCCUUUGUUGAACAAACACACGUACAGCCUGCCAAUUGCUGUUGAAGAAUCGAGUGCCGCAUUGUCAACCUCCAUCAGCCCGGCCCUGGCCGCUUGUCUUUGACAGUGUCGGAGAUGCUGCAUCCUCCUUUACUUCACCUUGAAAGAUAAUCCUCCAUGUACCCCAGUGCUUAUAAAUGUUUUAUGUUUCCACUAUCCGGGAGUUCAUUAACAUAAAAAGAAAUUGCAUACA